AUGCGCCACACGCCCCAAGAGCGUCACCCUCUCAACAGGGAAAACAAUUCCAACUCCCCCGUUGAAGUCCAGGAACUCGACCUCACCAGCGACACCAACACGAACUUUGCAGUGUUCGCCGAGCUGCCCGUGCUGGAGAUGCCAAGCGAGCCCGACCUGGAUGGAUUCGUCUUCGACUUGGACUGCUACCUCAUGCACGGGAAGAAAUCCAUGUGCAUUGUGGACGGGUGUUCGCGGUUCGCCCAAGCCAGAGGAAAGUGCGUCGGCCAUGGCGGGUUCCGGGCGUGCAGCGUAGACGACUGUGUGUCGCAUGCCAGGCAGGGGGGGUUAUGCCAGCGCCAUCGGCGGAUCUUGCACGAAGAGGUGGGAACAAGUACAUCGUCGGAUGGGGAUCGUAUACAUCCAGUGGACACGCGAGUCAAACCGACGCGCGUCCCUGAUGCAAUUGAACGGCGAGCGUCUAGAGCAGCCCAGUCGCCUACGAUCACCGUGGCUGACCCUGACGAGGACGAACCAAUGGAAGUGACAUUGGCUAAACAAGCGCUGUUUAUGAUGACCGAGCUAGGCAUGUGGAUGUUUGAAAUUCAAAUAUAA